AUGGAAAGGAAACUUCAAGCAAAAGAUGAAGUCAUUGAAUCCAAAGACAAAAACAUACAGAAAAGAAUACCACGUUCGGUACCAAAAGGAAAGGAAAAGAACUAUAAGUAUAUGAUUUACACUGAAGAGAUGGAAAAUGAAGAAGACAGAGAUAUGGUUAUGCUUCAUUUAGUCAGAAGAAACAACAAAAGCUUUUACGACUUAGCUAAGAUUUACAAAUCUGACAGAAAUUGGUUCUAUCGCGAAAACUUACCGAUUUCAAUGACACCGAAUGAAGAUGUUAAACAGAUAGUUCAAGAUACGUUACCUCAAACACACUAUGAUAUGAAAGGUUGUACAAUACUUACAUUCAAAGAAGAUUUACCGCUACUGAAGGAAAAGAUAACAGAGUAUUUCGAUAACUUCAAAGAGGAAGAGUAA